CAUUAAUUCUCCUCUUCAAUCCUCCUCCUCCUCCACUAACCACCACCACCUCCCAUAACCCAACUACCACCCCCUCACCACCACCCCCCAUCUUUUCCUUCCCUUGCUUCUUCUUGCAUUUCUUUUGUUUCUCUUUUCUCACACCCUUUCUCAACCAACAACAACAACAUUCGCCCCUCUCUUCUAAACUUCUGCCUCGUGCUAAAACUCGAACCCGGUUCCGUCAACUCUCCUUUUUCUUUUUUGCCCAAUCCUAGCAACAAAUCAGCGGUCGGUGGCCAUCAUGAACAGUCUGGUGGCUACACCACCUGUGCCUCCUCACCACUUUUACGAAGCCUCUCAUCUUUCUCCUUCCCGUCCAAUGUCUACUCCAAGUCAUACGCCCAACCGGAAACGGAAAGCCGAUGAUGAUGGUAACGAUCAUGAUGGCCGAAUGUCCGCCUCUCCCACCAACUCUCCCGCUUUCACUCCUCGAACCCUUCCAUCGAGCCGACACCAUAUCAAACGUGCUCGUCCAAAUGUCAGCGGGCGGCCUCUUUCGCUCCCUCGCUUGCUAGAGACGCUUGACACCGAUGCUCUCCGGGGUGUACUCCGGUCUAUGUGUGAACGCCAUCCAGCGUUAAUGGAUGAGGUCAUUCAUACCGCUCCACGGCCCAGUGUAGCAUCCGCUCUCCAGGUCCUUCGGAACUACCAGUCCAACCUUCAGUCGUCAUUCCCCCUGGGUGGUAGCUCGGAAUCAGAUUACGCUUACAACCGAGUCCGGCAGCCUCUGGCGAGUCUUUUGGAUGCUCUCAGUGACUUCACACCACACUUCCUUCCGCCAAAUGAAACACAAGCUUCGGUCUCUUUGAGCUAUCUAGAUGGUGCGACCGACAUCAUCCACGCUUUGCCCCGGUGGCACACCCCCCAGAACAACCUAGAGCGGGACUCUGCGUACGACGAGAUUUGCAAGGCCUGGAUCUUGGUCAUCCGGGAGGCCGCAAAACGUGGUGGCGGAAUUCAGUUGCAGUAUGGUGGAUGGGAUCAGAAGUUGGCUAAGCACAACCAGAACUCCGGCGGUAAACUGCAGGCAGCCGUCAACGAGCUUGGUUCCAGCUUAGGGUGGAUGCACCGACCGGAUGCCCAAGGCUAUGGAAGCCCGGGAGGCAAUGAACUUGGAUCCAUCCGCGAGCAACUCCUGUCGGGCACAUACGGACUCGGCACCCCCGUCAAGGUUGGGCCAUGGUAAUGCUGCUGAGACAUGACUGCCAACCUCAUAUCCUCUCUUCUUCAUCCCUCCAGCCUACCUACAUGAACACCCCCUCCACGACACCAACUCAACCCGCCCCCCCCCCCAAACUAG